GGAGCGAACUAAAGGUACACUGGGAAUGAAAUGAACCGGAGGUCUGACUGCAAGGGGAGGGGGCCCGCGAUCUAAAACGAGAAGAGAUCUCGGGGUCUCAUACUGCGCCAUUCGGCUGCGGCACACCUCGGCACUCCGUAGCUGCAGCCGGGAGAGGCCUUGCAGCUACCGCUGUCGCCCAGGCGUCCACUGCCGCUGCCACCUCAGCGCCGGCCUCUGCAUCCUCAGCUCCAGCUCCGCUCUGCGCCGCUACUGCCAUCGCCGCUGCCACCUCCGCAGCCCGGGCCUCCGCCGCCGCCACCCAAGCAUCCGUGAGUCAUUUUCUGCCCAUCUCUGGGCGCGCGGUCUUCGCGGUAGAGUUUUGCAGGCUUGCAAAAUGGCAGAAGCAGAUUUUAAAGAGGUCUCGGAACCUGUCGCCCAGAGUGUUGCCGAAGAGGAGAUGGCUAGCUCGGCUAGUGAUUCUGGGGAAGAAUCUGACAGCAGUAGCUCUAGCAGCAGCACUAGCAGCAGUAGCAGCAGCAGCAGCAGCAGUAGCAGCAGCAGCAGCAGCGGCAGUAGCAGCACUAGCAGCGGCGGCGGCUUAUAUAGAAAGAAGAGGGUACCUGAGCCUUCCAGAAGGGCGCGGCGGGCUCCGUGGAGAACAGAUUUCGUGAUUAAGCUGCCUCAGGCUGUUAGAAAUCGUGUGCAGGCGCUUAGAAACAUUCAAGAUGAAUGUGACAAGGUAGACACGAUGUUCCUAAAAGCGAUUCAUGAUCUUGAAAGAAAAUAUGCUGAACUCAACAAGCCUCUGUAUGAUAGGCGGUUUCAAAUCAUCAAUGCAGAAUACGAGCCUACAGAAGAAGAAUGUGAAUGGAAUUCAGAGGAUGAGGAGUUCAGCAGUGAUGAGGAGGUGCAGGAUGACACCCCUAGUGAAAUGCCUCCCUUAGAGGGUGAGGAAGAAGAAAACCCUAAAGAAAACCCGGAGGUGAAGGCUGAAGAGAAGGAAGUUCCUAAAGAAAUUCCUGAGGUAAAGGAUGAAGAAAAGGAAGUUCCUAAAGAAAUUUCUGAGGUAAAGGAUGAGGAAAAGGAAGUUCCUAAAGAAAUUCCCGACGUAAAGGAUGAGGAAAAGGAAGUUCCUAAAGAAAUUCCCGAGGUAAAGGAUGAAGAAAAGGAAGUUUCUGAAGAAAUUCCCGAGGUAAAGGAUGAAGAAAAGGAAGUUCCUAAAGAAAUUGCUGAGGUAAAGGCUGAAGAAAAAGCAGAUCCUGAAGAGGGUAUGGAGGCAAUCCCUGAAGUAAAAGAAGAUCCCAAAGAAGCCCCCCAGGCAAAGGCAGAAGGUAAAGAACAGCCUAAAGCAACAGAGGCUAAGCCCAGGGCUGGAGUAAGAGAGGCUCAUAAAAGAGUUCCUGAGGAAAGGCUUCCGGAAAGACUAAGUCUUAAAAGAGCUAGGAGGGGAAAGCCUAAAAUAGAAGACCCUAAAGGCAUUCCUGACUAUUGGCUGGUUGUUUUAAAGAAUGUUGACAAGCUGGGGCCUAUGAUUCAGAAGUAUGAUGAGCCCAUUCUGAAGUUCUUGUCGGAUGUUAACCUGAAGUUCUCAAAACCUGGCCAGCCUGUAAGUUACACCUUUGAAUUUCAUUUUCUACCCAAUCCAUAUUUCAGAAAUGAGGUGCUGGUGAAGACAUACAUAAUAAAGUCAAAACCAGAUCACCAUGAUCCCUUCUUUUCUUGGGGAUGGGAAAUUGAAGAUUGCAAAGGCUGCAAGAUAGACUGGAGAAGAGGAAAAGAUGUUACUGUGAAAACUAUCCAGAGCCGCAUAGCUGCUACUGGAGAAAUCCAGCCAAGAGUGGUUCCUAAUUCAUCAUUCUUCAAUUUCUUUAGUCCUCCUGAGAUUCCUAUGAUUGGAAAGCUGGAACCACAAGAAGAUGCUAUCCUUGAUGAGGACUUUGAAAUUGGGCAGAUUUUACAUGAUAAUGUCAUCCUGAAAUCAAUCUAUUACUAUACUGGAGAAGUCAAUGAAUACGGUUCCUACUAUCGAGUUGGCAAAGAUUACGGAAACAGGAAGUAUAGAAAAUAAAAAGGUCAAUCUGAAAGAUUUUUCAAGAAUCUUAAAAAUUCAAGAAGUGUAGCAGAUUCAUACAGUCUUGAAAAAAGUAAAACCGUAAUCUGUAACCUGAAUACUAUUAUUUCUUAUAGUAAUGUUUUUGUAGUUUCUUGGUAGUCUGUAUUUGAAAAAUUGUCCUAUAAAGUGUCUAAGUGCCAGUUUAUGCUAUCUAGACUGUGGUAGUAUAAUAUUCUUCAAAAUAUGUCAGCUGUUGUCAGUUAUCUAAAGCAUGUUAGUUUGGUGCUACAGAGUAUUGACUUUUGUGAUGUCUUUUGGUCAUGUUCCUGUUAGACUGUAGCUAUGAAACUGUCAGAAUUGUUAACUGAAACAAAUAUUUGCUUGAAAAAAAAGUUUAUGAAGUACCAAUGCAAGUGUUUUAUUUUUUUCUUUUUUCCAGCCCAGAAGACUAAAGUUUAAAUCUGCUUGCACUAGCUGUGCCUUCAUUAGUUUGCUAUAGAAAUACAGUACUUACGCUAACUAAAACAGUGUAUUUUGAAGUUUGACUGCUUGAAAAAGAUUAGCAUACAUUUAAGAAUGUCAAGACCACAUUUGAUUCAAUUGAGCGCUUGUGUAUGUGACAUAUAGUGGCCUAUAAAUUUAAUCAUAAUGAUGUUAUUGUUUACUACUGAAGUGUUAAUAUGAUGUAGUAUUUAUAAAAAGUUCAUUCACCUUAUAUUGUGUAAUUGUAAACUAAAGAUACCAUGUUUUCUUUGUAUUGUGUUCUACUUUCACUGAAAAUAGUAACUUCAUUUGAUACUGUUUUUCAUGUUCUUUUAUUGCAACCUAAAAUAAAUAAAUAUUAAAGUGUGUUAUACUA